AUUCAGAUUAGAAAUGAGUUGUAAGUGGAUUUUGAUGUUAUUAGUAAUGAAGUUGGUUUGUUUGGGUGAGUGUUGUCUGGAUGAAGAGAGAAGUGCCCUUUUACAACUUAAACCUUUUUUCAAUUAUUAUGAUUCUAAUUACAAACGUCUCGAGCUUUACAACUGGGUGGAGAAUUCAGACUGUUGUGCAUGGGAAAGGGUUGAGUGCGACAUCACUGGUAGAGUCAUCAUACUCUAUCUUUUUGGAGAAAGUAAUCAGGAUUUGGAAGAGCCUCGAUAUCUAAAUGCAUCUUUGUUUUCUCUCUUCCAACAACUACAAAGACUAUACUUAAAUUACAAUAAUAUUGGCGGUUGUGUUAAGAAUGAAGGUUUUGAGAGGCUAUCAAGGCUGAGAAACUUGGAGCAACUAAGUUUAACUGGAAACAAAUUCAAUAAUAGCAUCUUAUCAUCUCUAGCCAGUCUCUCAUUAAAAACAUUGUAUCUAGAUGAGAAUAAUUUGAAUGGGAGCAUUAAUAUUCAAGGAUUUUAUUCCUUGAAGAACUUAGAGGAAUUGGACAUGAGCAGGAAUAAUAUUGACCAAUUUGUACACUUCAAAGAUUAUGGAGGCUUGAAGAACUUGAGUAUCCUUCAUCUAAAUGAUAUGGAAACCACUAAUGCAACUGCCCUUUUCCUAUCAACAUUGAUGUCAUUCCCCUCUUUGAAGACGGUUUACCUUUCAUAUAAUAAUGCUACUCAAAUAGAGAUUACUCAAGAGUUGCACAAUGUGACCAACAGCUUGAAGGAAUUGACCUUGGAUUAUAAUAAGCUCCAUAUAAACUUCCCAAAUAUUGUUAAAAUUUGUCCUUCACUGAAAUAUUUGUCAUUAUGUGGCUGUGAGUUCAACGGCUUCUCAGAAAUUGAAGAGUUGCAGAAUUUGACCAACUUGGAGGAAUUGCGCUUGGAUGGUUCUAAGCUUCCCAGAAGCUUUCUACAAUUUGUUGCACCUUUCACUUCACUGAAAGUUUUGUCAAUGAGGAAUUGUGAGUUCAAUGGCAUCUCGCAAGUUCAAGGUCCCCUUAAUCUAAAAUAUUUGGAAAGUUUGGACAUGGUUUAUACUACUCUCAACACAAGCUUUUCUAAAAUCUUUAGACUGGGAACUUCUCUUAAAACAUUAUCAUUGUCUCACUGCAGACUCAAUGGCACAUUGGCUGACCAAGGUUUGUGUGAGAUGGUGCAUUUGGAAGAGUUGCAUAUUGACAAUAAUGAUUUAAGGGGUGUCUUAGCACCAUGUCUUGCAAAUUUGACUUCACUUCGACAAUUAGAUAUAUCUUCCAAUCAAAUUUUUGGAAACAUUUCCUCAUCUCCUGUUAACAACCUUGAAUCCAUUGAAGUCCUUCACAUUUCAGACAAUCUCUUUCAAAUCCCAAUUUCACUCAAUUCAUUUUUUAAUCUUUCAUACCUCAAAGAUUUUGAGAGUGAAAAUAACCAAAUUUAUACUGAAACCAUGCCAUAUUCCUUGACCCCAAAAUUCCAAUUAAAUUCCAUCAAAUUAUUUGGUUAUGGAAAUGUUGGCAAUUUUCCUGAAUUUCUUUACCAUCAACACAACCUAAAAAUUGUUUACCUCUGCCACAUUAACUUGACUGGAGAGUUUCCGUAUUGGUUGUUGUACAACAAUACCCAAUUGGGCGGACUCUAUCUAGUUAAUAAUUCUCUUUCAAGAAGUUUCCAGUUGCCAUUUUAUUCUCAUAUUAAUUUAUUAGAACUAGAUAUCUCCUUAAAUUUCUUCCAUGGUCAAAUUCCGAUGAAUAUUGGUGCAAAACUACCAAGUUUAGCGUUUUUAAACAUGUCUGGAAAUGAUUUCAAUAGUAACAUUCCAUCUUCUUUUGGUAAUAUGAGCUCCUUGCUAAGUCUAGACAUAUCAAACAAUAAUUUGUCUAGUGGAAUACCUGAACAAUUAGUGAUAAGUUGCUCCUCACUGAUAAUACUUAUUCUAUCGAACAACAAUUUGCAAGGCCAAAUCUUCUCUAAUAAUUUUGGCUUGACAGAGUUGCGAAGUUUACAAUUGGAUGACAAUCAUUUUAGUGGAAAGAUUCCUAAAAGUUUGUUAAAUGGCUCUUCUUUAGAAAUGUUGUAUCUCAAUGAUAAUAAUCUCUCCGGUAAAAUCCCAAGAUGGUUUGGAAAUCUAUCAUAUUUAGUUGAUAUAGUGAUAUAUAAUAAUCAACUUAAAGGUCUGCUUCCAAAGGAACUUUGUCAUUAUCAAAAACUUGAAAUUUUAGAUCUUUCGAAGAACAAUGUAUUUGGAAGUUUACCGCCUUGUCUUAGUCGUUCUAAUAUCAAAGAAGUUCAUUUGUCAAGAAAUAGAUUAAGGGGACAAUUAAAAGAUGCUCUCUACAUUAAUAGUUCUUCCUUGGAGGUCUUAGAUCUUAGCUAUAACCACAUAGAGGGGAACAUUCCAAGUUGGAUUAGGAAACUUUGGUCCUUACGUUACUUGAUCUUAAGUAACAACAAUCUUAAAGGUGAAUUACCUAGUCAAUUAUGCAAUUUGAGAGAAUUACGCUUGAUAGAUCUUUCUCAAAACAAUCUUUUUGGUAAAAUCCCUUCUUGCCUAAAUUUUACUACCCUCUAUGAAGGAAAUGGGAAUGAUGAAAGUUUAUUUUAUGAUUUGUCUUUAAAUCCGGCUUUGAGUUUGAGCGGUAUAAUUAAGACAAGAGGAACUUUUAUCUUUGAAAUUAAGACAAGGGAAAAUGAAGAGUCAAUACAGUUUACUACUAAAAGAAUAUCCUAUGGUUACAAAGGAAAAAUGCUCACACUUAUGUCUGGAAUUGAUCUUUCAUGUAAUAAAUUAUUCAGUGAAAUUCCUUAUGAAAUUGGAAACCUUCCAAGGAUUCAUACUCUUAAUCUUUCUCAUAAUAAUUUGACAGGAUCAAUCCCAAAAACAUUCUCAAACCUUAAACAGAUUGAGAGUUUAGAUCUUUCUUACAACAAUUUGAAUGGGAAUAUCCCUUCUGAACUAGUAGAGAUAAACACUUUGUCUGUAUUUAGUGUGGCAUACAAUAAUUUAUCAGGCCAAACACCUGCAAGGAUUGGACAAUUUGCAACCUUUGAAGAGAGUAGCUAUGAAGGAAAUAAAUUUCUUUGUGGAUUGCCAUUGAAUAAAAGUUGCUACCCGUUAGAAUCACCAUUGCUGGCACCAGAAGCUUCAUCAAUUAUUAAGGGAUAUGAUAGUGAUUUUGUUGAUAUGGGCAUUUUCUAUAUAAGUUUUGUGGUGACCUACAUAGUUGUGCUUAUAGCAUUCGUAACAAUUUUGUAUGUGAAUCCAUAUUGGCGACAGACAUGGUUUUGUCUUGUGGAGAUGUGGAUGUUCUCUUGCUACUACUUUGUUAUUGAUCAUCUUACAGUAUUUUGUCGUUGAAUUGUAUUGUAAUAUGUACAUAUGUCAACUUUUUAUAUUUCAAUAUAAGGUUUUAAAGUCAAAUUAUAAAAUAAAUUUAUUG